CCCCGCCGGAGCCGGUAAGGGCGGCGGCCAGGGGCCGCGGUGGCGGCCGGUGCGCUCCGAGGGGAGGGCGGGGCGGCCCGAGGGGGUCCCCGACCAGCCCGGGCGCUGCCGCGGCGCCGGGACCUGCCGUGCCCGGGGCCGGGCUGCCCCGGGGGGCUUUGCCGGGGAGCAGGCGAGGGCGCGGGGCUGCCGCUGGGUGACGAGUGCUUAACCCCCACCUCGUCACCUCCCGCUUCAGCGCGGCGGCGAGGGGCCCCCAGGAGAGUCCCCCGGGCGGCGGGUGCCGUCCCUGGGCUGCCGGGGGGCGAUGCGGAGGCGGCUCGGGGCGGGGGGAAGGCGGCCCCCCCCGGCAACCCCGGCGGUCGUAGCCCUUUUCUUCCCUCUCGGCUCCUCUUCUCUCGCCGAGACCUCUCGAGCAUCAGUUGCCCUUUUUCUUGGUUACAGCUCUCCUCAGCCUUCCAACUUCGACAAGUGAUCAGAGCAUCGCGGCGGCUUUAGGUUUAUGAUGGAACUUACAUCUUUGCCUAAAUUCCUUUGGACAACUGACAACAAACUUCUGCAUCACCAUUUUCCAGACAUAUUGGCGACUGUUCAUACCACACAAGACAUUCCCGAAGAAGUUGUUUUUGGACCAUGCAUGCUCCAGAACACCCUGCUGGACACUGUAGCUUUUAUUGCUCUGAAGUGUUCUGAUAGACGGAACAUCCACUAUGUCUUUAAGGUAGACGUUACGUCUGUGCACAGUCCCACAGGACUGCCUUGGAUGAGACUUGUACAAGCAGCUGCCAAUAGCAAGGAGCAGAACUUGGAAGCUUACUUAGAAAACAGUCAGUUAUAUUAUCGCUCUACCAGGAAGAUCAACAAAAAUGAGGAGCUGCUUGUCUGGUAUGAUGAGGAGCUUUCCUGCCUCUUGGGUUUCAAUGAGAUAAAAGCACAGAGUCCACAGAAUGAGUUGAGAUGCCAAGAAUGCAACCGAAUCUUUAAAUGUGAGCAUUCCUAUCUCUCCCAUGUCCGCUUCCUAUGUGUCCCAGAGAAGAGCGCCCUGCUAUGGAGAAACUUCCAGAACCCUAAGACUGAAAAGAACAACUUAGCUGAGCAGACCACGAAUUUCCACAGCCUGGCAAGGGAUCUAGAGGUCAAAAUGGCAGCUUGUAAAGAUGAUGCCCAUGGUCUCACAGGAGAAAGGAGAGCAAAAUCUGAAGAGGCUGAGAACAACAGGAGCAGGAAAACAGUGUUGUUGGAGAAAACCAAUAAUCUAAGUGAGGAACAUAACUAUGGGGGCAAGGAAGAGGUUGGGGGAGAGCAUGCGUUGGCUGGGUCUUUCUGGAAGCUUAGUUCAGGGAAGCAGUCAGCUAGGAAGGAUGCUUUAGAGCAGAAGCAGAGCGCUUUCACUGAGGUCAGGAGGAUGAAGGAGAAGCUGAGGAAUGAGAGACCGAAGGAGCCAGAAGGGGAGGAUGGCAUGGUCCCACUUGGUAAAAAGCAGGUAUCAAAGGAAGUGUUGCUGAACUCCUCUGGUAGUGCAUUCUCCUUUGUGUGGCCCACCAGAGCCCCAGGAGAACAGAAGAGUGCUUUUAGCAAACCCAGUAAGUGUCUAGCAGAAAGAGCUGCAAUAAAUUCUUCUCAUCCCAUGAGUGAGUCACCAAAGAGCCUGGGGGAGCUGUCUGGCUUCAUUGCCACCACAGACAUCAUGUACUGCAGCACGCUUCUCAAUUCCAAGUUCUUUGUCAGUGAUUUGUGUAAUGCUCAGAUGCUGCAGACAAGCAUCACUCAGAGCAAUGUUUUCCCAUAUACCUCAGAACCAUGGCCCAAACAAGCAGGAGGACAGUUACAAAACACAACCACCACUUCUUCUUCCUCCUCCUCCUCUUCCUUGACUCUUCUUCCCCCUACUUUCACGUCCUUUGGAGUGGCUGCCCAGAACUGGUGUGCCAAAUGCAACCUGUCCUUUCGCAUGACAUCCGAUUUAGUCUUCCACAUGCGGUCACAUCACAAAAAAGAAUACUCCUCAACUGAAUCCCAGUGCAAGAGGAGACGAGAGGAGAAGCUAACAUGUCCCAUUUGUCACGAGUACUUCCGAGAACGCCAUCAUUUAUCCCGGCACAUGACUUCUCAUAAUUAGAGCUGUGCAGAUGGAUCUCACCAAGGGACUGGGCAGGUUGGGUAAAGAAGGGAAACGUAGUUCACUUGUAUCCAUUUCUUUUUGAGUUUACAUUAAUGUCUUACAGGAAAUCACUGUUUACAAUAAUUUAUAAUAGAUGCUUUGCAAAAAAAAUAUAAAAUGUUUACAAGAGUCUGAGUGGGUUGUAAGUUUUGAAAACUCAACCUAGCCCUUGUCAAUCUAUUUUUGAGGAAAUAAAAUAGUGAAAUGAAUGCACAUGCAGUAUUAAUUUGCAAAGAGUUGGGAACAAAAUCAUUGUUUUGCAAACAGAGUUUUCUUUGCUUGUAUUUGAUUUGCUGGUGUCUGUGCAGUACAAUGUAAAUACAGAAGUGACAACCACCU